AUGCGUUUUUCUUCUCCCCUCUUCCCUUCCCUUGAAUCACGCAACCAGCAGCAGCAGCAGCAGCAGCAGCAGGAGCAGGGAGCCUCGUCAGCAGUAGCAGCAGCAGCAGCAGGAGAAGGAGAAAGAGCAGCAACAGAAACAGCAGCAGCAGCAGCAGCAGCAAAUCUUCGUAAAUCUCAACAUUUUUUUACAGCAGCAGCAACAGCAGCAGCAGAUAAUGGUCUCGUGCUGCAGUGGGGAGAAGCAACAAUCCGUUUGCUGCGUGCAGCAGCAGCAGCAGAUGUAUUCUUCUUAUUAUAUUCACCAGAGGAGGAGGAGCAGCAGCAACAGCAGCAGCAGCAGGAGGUUUCUGCUGCUGCAGCAGCAGAAGGAGAAGAAGAAGAAGAGGAAGAAGAAGAAGAUAAUCAGCAGCAGCAAUAUAUCUAUCUUUCCUCUAAUUAUCCAACAGCAGCAACAGCAGCAGCAGGACAACAACAACUGCAACCGUACAAUCAGCAGCAGCAGCAGCAGCAGCAGCAAGAAGGAGACCCAUUAACAAUAUUUAAAGAAUUAGCACUAUG